AUGAACGCAGCCCUCCUCUCCCAGAUACAGCAGGGAAAAGGCCUCAAGAAGACCACCACAGUCGACAAGUCCGCCCCGCAGGUCGCAGGCGGUGUCGUCGACGGUGGGGGUGCAUCUCGCCCCGCUGCCCAACCUCGACCUUCCGCACCCUCGGCCCCAUCUGCGUCGAGCAGCGAUCCAGCUUCGCAACUGGCCGGGCUCUUUGCUGGCGGUAUGCCACAGCUGAAAAAGGCCGGAGACAGAGUGCCAUCGGGCUCAGGAAACCUCGCGAAACCCCCACCAGUCCCAUCGCUCAACAAGUCCAAACCAUCAGCACCGCCCCCACCCCCACCCACAGCUCCUCGACAGCCGCCCCCUGCACCACCUCUGCCAAGUGCACCCAGCAGGACUGCCCCCCCACCCGUACCGCCAGCCCCCGCUGUUUCACGUAAACCUCCCCCUAGAAUUCCCCCUGCACCGCUACCACCAACGACCUCGCGUACUGCUCCCCCUGCCCCGCCCCCUCCCCCUCCUCUUCCUACAAGUUCUACAUCUGCAGCACCAGCUCGAGCUUUACCGCCUCCUGCAAGAGCUGCUCCUUCACCAGUGAGAGCCGCGCCCACUGUCCCUGCUCCGCCAAAGAGAAAUACGCCAGCCCCGCCGCCUUUACCAGGGAGAUCCCCUGCUCCGAGCCUGCCGAGUAGGCCUACAAGCACUGUUGGAGGUGGUCGAACUGUGCCUCCCCCCCCGCCCAGCAGGCCUUCGGGGAAUGCUCCUCGAGCGCCCCCUCCUCCUCCCCCUCGACCAACAGGCCCGCCUACUCUUCCUUCUCGCCCGGCCAGUUCGUAUACCGCUCCGAGCCGCACUCUUCCUCCAGCCCUGCCUUCAUCCAGCGAAAGUCGGGCCCCUCCCACGCCCCCUCGCAGACCUACCAGUGUCGCAUCUCCUCCCGCUCCCUCUCCUCCUCCUGCGGUAGCUCCAAGGAGGUCACUGCCGCCCGUUGCACCAGCUCCUCCAGCAAGGAGCUUGCCUCCCCCUGCGCCGCCACGUCAGCCCUCGUACGAACCCGAGGAAGAAAGUGAGGAAGAAGCGCCGCCCCCUUUGCCGAGGACAGCGAGUCCGGCCGUGAGAGGAUUGCCGCCUGCACCAAGUCCUGCUGCUCGAUUGCCACCAGCUCCUCCUGUGGCCCCACCAGCUCCCCCUGGACCGAGCCCUGCCGCUCGAGCUGUUCCGCCUGCUCCAGCCCGUCCAGUGCCCUCGCCAGCCUUUGAUACCCGUCCCAAGCCCUCUGGUACAGUCUUUGCCCCUCCUCCUCCAGCUCCAGGAACUGGUCCUACGAAUCGUGCAAGCCUCGCACCGCCCAUCGCGCGAAACGGUUCUAGAUCCAACUCUGGAUCCGACUAUGCUGGGAGCGAAGAUGAUGAUGGAGUGCCAGAGCCGGCGGCUGUUGUUGGUGGAUGGACUUUCCCUAUGAAGGGAAUGUUCCCUGCGCCGAGGCCGUGGGCUGGAACGAGAAAGACGUACGUCAGUGGGAAUGCCGUUGGGGGUGGAAGAGGCUUCUAG